AUGGAGGGCGAUGACACGGUACUUUCCAACUUGGUUCAGUCUCAGGAUGAUAGCUCCAAAGUUCAGACCGGCGAAGAAUCCCAGGAGCUGGACUCACGAGCGAUGUCUUCAUCUUUUCAAAGUCUGGAUCUAAUCAACCAGAAGUUACUGGCCCACGCUGAAUUGUGUUUGGAAUCCGCCCAUUUACUAACCAGAGAUGCCAUAAACAAUUCAACCAUACUCUCUGAAUAUCACAAUCUUGUUCAGGCAGCAUUGCACUUUCUCAUUUGCAUUACAAAAUCAUCAGGUGAGCCUUUAUCGGUCAUUGAUAAAGCUCAGCUGUUUUACAAGAUUUCCGUCAUUUUACAGGAGGAAACAGAAGAGGUGGACCUUGCUAUACAAUUUCUGAACAAGGCAGAUGCUCUCGUAAGCCGUGAUGGUCUUUUAGAAUACAUGUUUCAGUACGAAUCGGCCAUUUGUUCUUUAUUAGCUAGAGAAGGAACUCAGCCUAAGAUGAUCUCUAAUUUCCAUGACAAUUGCAUAAGAAAAUUUGAAAAUACGAAUUCCUCAUUGUUUAUCUAUUAUUUCAAGUUCCUGAAAGCUUUCAAUGUUACGCUUCUGGAUAAAGAAGAUGCGUAUAGAGCACUGGAUACACUUACAGAGUUGAGUCUGGCAGCACUUCAAUCAGGAAAACCAAUUGCAACAUCACCACUCUUACAGCUAAUGAUAACAAAAACCUUAAAUAUUCUACUUUACUGUGGAAGAUAUAAAUCGUUUGAAAAUCUGUACCAAUUGUUGUGGGAACAUGUUACUCCCCAGGAUAUGCCAGUACAGAUACAUGGUGCAUUGCUACUACACUCUUUAAUAUUUCACACAAUUAAUCAAAGUGACUGGGCAACAAUCAAAUCCAAGAUGGUGUUAUUAAAGGAGUUUCUAAAAAAGGAUACUGCUCAUUGGACGCAAUCAUUUGUUGUCCAUAUUCAAGAAACGUCAAGUAAUGUUCCAGUGACAAUAACCUGGGCUUCGCUUAGUCGAUUCAAACUACUCAUUUAUUUUUAUUCUGCGCUGGCUUAUUUGCACAGAUCGGCGGAUGGUAACGAUAGAGCGAUUAAGCUCCUAAAAUCAUGUGAAAUGCUCAUCUCCAACGAAAUAGCCAAACUUGAAAGUAAAGACAGUAAGGUGGUGUUAUCCUUCGAACAACUGCAAUCCCAAAAAAUGUGGCUGAACUACCUUUCAAUGGCUACAAAAAUUUAUCAGCUAUAUGAAACAUUUAUUAAUGCUAAUGGCGUGCUCAAUAGUAAAUUGCCAACAGAUUGGCUUACCGAGUCAGAAGAUUUGCCUUCACCAUUGAAAGAAUUGCGAGAGUUCAUUGCCGAUUAUGAUGCCGGCAAAGUGUCUUCGCAAGAGCUGGUUUACUAUCAUAGACUACUUCCCAAAAUAUACCUCAUUCUAGCGUUCCACUUCCAAGCAAAGGGAAAACUUCUCAGAGCGAAGUAUUUUUACGAUAGAAUAUUACAUCUCUUUUCCAGGAAACCUCAUGAUCUAAAUGAUGAGAACUUUUUUGAGCAACCAAGAGCUGUUUCCUACGCCCAAAUGAUCUCUGGCAUUGGAGGAAUAAUAUACGAACCAAAAGAAGAACAAAAUCAGCUAUACUGCAUUGCACUGUUGAAUUACCAUAAACUGAACCUUUACGACGUUAAUAAGCUUAAAAGUGAUAUCUCAGGGUUUUCAGAAGAACAUUCGAAAGAUCGAGAUUUCUCCAAGAAACUGGCUAGAAAAAAAAGAAUGCAGAUGAAUGUCGUCCAAACACAAUCACAACUAGACAUUUCCUUAGCCAAGAUCAUAAAUUCUCUAGAGACCCAACCUCAUAUCCUAUUGGCAUCUCGCCUGAUUUCUCAGUUAGCAAAUUUGUCUCAAGGAUCAGAAGUUGACGCGUUCUCCUAUGAAGAACCUCCGGAACAACACCUUUACUGGUCACCAAUUCUCAAGAAUAUAGCUGUUUUUUUGAAGGCAGAUUCCGUAUCAUAUUCAAAAGAAGCUGGCGAAGAAGCUUUUGUGAAAGAAAAGAUCAAACUUUAUAAGCAAUGUUUGAGUUUAGGAGAUAGAGCGUUUAGCCUGGACCCAUUGGUUUUGACCAGAAUAAUUCAAUUAAAGGAACAAUUUCCAAUUUACUUUUCAGAACAGGAAAUUCAACAAGACAAAGUGACCUUGAGUAAUCUUACCUCGUCGUCAAAACGUACUCAUGAUGCGGAUGUCGAUAACGCUGGACUUGAACAUGAACUUGAAGACAUCAAACCCAUAGAUAAUACUCCGUCCAAGCGAGCUAGAAAUGAAUAA